GCAGCUUUAAUAUAGUCAAUACACAACAGCAUCUUUAAAAUUGAGCAUAGGGAAAAUAAGAGCUAAAGCAAGGAUGUAGAAGGUAGAAGAAGUGGCUUAAAACUUAGUUGAAGUUAUGCAUUUUGAAAAUAUUUUUAGAAGAGAAAGCCAAAGGGACAAGGAGAGAAUUCAAAAGGAAUAGGAGCCAGACCACUUCUAGAAACUUUGCAAUGAACUGUAAUCUCUGAUUAUCUGUCUCACCCUCAUAUUAAAAUUUAUGGAAUAUGUUCUAUUCGAAGAAUACUGCACAUCUGAAAUUGAGAACUCACUACACAAUAAAUGUAAUUUAUUACAUAUAGACGUAGCUUCAGCAGACAAAUCAUAUUUUGUAGAAAAAAGAUUUUGGGCGAUUUUGCGAGCGCACUUUAACAUUAGAAGAAUAGAAUGCUGUUUCCAGAGAUGACAUUGGCACUGAAGGGGAUUUCCUGUUGUUGACAGUCCUACAACUCUUAAUUAUUGCUUAUGUGUUCUUAGUGAUCAUGUGUUCACUGUUUUCUCCUGAGUGCUGUUUCUUUGUAUCCUUAUGCCAUUCCCUUUGUGUGAGAUUAAUGCCACUGCCUGUCUAGACGUGGCCUGCACUGGACUUGGACCUUUCCCGCACAACAUGUUGUGAUCAAGCUAUUCAAGAGUAAUUUUAGAAGUUGCACAGCAUUACUUUGAAUCUUCUUCAUAUGAAUAACUCUUCCUUCCAGAUUCUUUCUGACCUUUCUCAAAGUCAGUCAUUCAGGCUGGAGGUCACUCCAGCCAAAUAGCAAUUCCUCAUAUGAGGGGUCACAGUGCCACUGAUGUUCUCAGAUUACUUGACCUUGGAAGACAUUUCUAAAUCUGAUCCUGACUUUGUUGGAUAAUCACAUACACACACGUCCUGAUUGACAAUGAGAAAAAAAAAGGCAAAUGUGGGAACAGUAUUUAAUUUUUCUCUCUCCGCCCCAAAUUGAACCAGCCCCACGAUCAAGGCAGCUGAAAUCAGAUUACUUGGCACAGACCAGGAAUCUCGGACUCUCCUGAACCAUUAAAAGAACUUUACCAGUGAUUUUAAUUUAAGAACUAUGAACAGAGUAAUGUUGACCUAAUUUUUCUUUGUCAGGGUAAAAGAGUAGCUGAUAUUUCCAGCCAGUUCAAAGUGAAGCAUAUUGUGUUCAGUGGACUUGAGAAUGUAAAGAAGCUGACUGAUGGAAAGCUGGAUGUGCCACAUUUCGAUGGGAAGGGAGAGAUAGAAGAAUACUUCCGAGAAAUUGGUGCUCCCAUGACAAGUGUGAGAAUGCCUGACUACUUUGAAAAUUUUCUACAUGUGUUUAAACCUGUUAAGUCAGGCAAAGAAUAUUAUGUUUUAGAUGUUCCAAUGGAAGGAGUUCCAAUGGAUGGCAUGUCUGUAAAAGACUUGGGUGGAGUUGUGCUGGCCAUCUUGAAAAGCCCUGAAAAGUAUAUUGGGAAAGAGAUAGGCCUGAGCACUGACAAGCUUACAGUUGAGGAGUAUGCUGCAAUUAUGUCGCGACACACUGGAAAAUCAAUUCAAGAUUCUAAGGUAUCAAUCAAGGAAUAUGAGGAACGAAAUUUUCCAGGAGCCCAAGAACUUGCCAAAAUGUUCCGGUUUUAUAUGAAACAACCUCAUCGCAACAAGGAUCUGACAUUAAUGUUAAAUCCCAAGGCACAGUGCUUUGAGGAAUGGAUGUCAAAAAACAAGAAUGCUUUUGUAAAUGACUGAAUGCCAAAUUUGGCUAAAUAUACUCUCAAUAAACAUCUGACAGAGAAUUCA